AUGAGGCAACUUUUGGAGGCGUUGUUAUUCUUGGUAGUAAUUUGGCGUGGCAGUGUAAGUUUGGAAGGUUAGCUAUAAUUCAUUUAUUUGCAGGCUCAAUCUUUUGUUUGGGCAAAGGUUGACAAUUUUGAUCCGAGCAACAAUAAGACGUAUAAACAGGUAAGACACACAUAAAAGUUUUAUAACUCACAGGGGAAGUACUCCAAGUGCGACGCUCAAAUUUUCUUUAAAUUUUGCACACACGUCGGGUAUGGACUAAAUAUCAAUUCCUGAAAGUUUUAGCUCGCGCUUUGCGGGCGCCGCCGAGAUAUCGAACGAUUUUUGCCGCCGAGAGAGCACGCUAAACGUGGAGAGCGGUUAGAGAGAAGAAACCCGCUUUUUGGUCAUAACUUUAGCAGUUUCGUGCGGAAAAAUUUGAUUUUUUUUUGUAGAAAAAUUAUUUUUUACGAUAGAAAUAGGCUUGAAACUUUUCGUGCCGAAAUUCGGCAAAAAGUCUUAAAUUUUGGCCGACUUUCGAGCUAAAAACCUCGGUUGUUUCUGCAAAGCGCGAGCUAGGAUUCUCGCAUAUAUCUUUUAAAAAAUUAUUCUAAAUUUGUGCCAAGUUUCAUCAAAAUCUGAGCGUCGCACUUGGAGUACUUCCCCCGUCAGUAUCAAAAAGUGAUGGUGUUAAAGUAUACAAGGAUAAAUUAAUAUCUGUUUAGUACUACGACACAUAUGCUGUCAGAGGUUCCAAUGUGAACAUCUUGUACAUCGGGGGAGAAGAGCCGAACAGAGUUAGGAAUCGGACUAAAGCAGCUUUUACUUCAUACCAGACACUGAUCAUGGAUCUUAUAAACUCAUUCAAUGCUACGGUUUACAGUCUAGAGCAUCGGUACUAUGCCAACAGCUAUCCGGUUGAGUAAGGCUUCAAAUAUAUAUUAAUACAAUAGUAUAUUAUAAUAAUAUAAUAUAUAUUUACACAUGUCUUUAAUUAAUUUACAGCUACCCAGAAACCCCGGAGGAUUUCAAGUAUCUCUCCAGUCAGCAAGCCCUUGCUGAUGUUGAGAACUUUAUCAAGUUUAUAAAUAAAGGAAAGAAGAAUCAGAAGUGGAUCACGGUCGGGGGCUCGUAUCCAGGCAAGAUAACGAACACAGGGAAAGUUAUAUCCGUUUUGUAGGUAUGCUGGCGAUCUGGCAUCGUCAACUAUACUCUAAUUCGACGGUUGGAACGAUCGGAUCUUCAGGUCCAGUUCAUGCUGUGGCUAACUUUACCAGUAAGUGAAAUAGAACGAUUUCGAACAUUUACAGUGGCGAAACUGAUCCAUUGGCCAAAAACGUAUCAUUUUGCGUCCGGGAAUUAUAAAAAAUGCAGGAAAACACCUCCCUCUGCAAGUGAAAAAAACUCCGAUUUCAAAAGCGCGCCCACUCUUUUUGUGAGGGAAAGGCCGCGCAGUUCAAAACAGAGUUUUUUUUUAGUUGGAGAGGGAGGCAUUUUGCCACAUUUUUGAUACUUCCAGCAUGCAAAAUGAUACGAUUUUUGCCAAUGGAUCAGGUCACUGUAAUUAAUAAAACUUUGUCCAACUCUAAAAAUUGGUGCUUGCGCUCUGCAUACACUAUAAUCCUCUGAACUUUGUGAAUGUCCCUCCUAUUGUCAGUCGCAGAAACUAUAGCAAAAUUUAGCAGCUUAAGCCAUAAACGUGAUCACUGACAAUAAAAAGAUACCCUCAAAGAAGAAGCAUCUGUUUAUUUUCAGGUUUCUUCAUGGUCGCCCAAAACGGCUACAAACAACAAUACCCCAAGUGCUACGACUGGUUGAAAGAAGCGUUUUCUGGGUUCAAAACCUUGCUUGAUAAAAAGGACAAUACCCUAAGCACACUAUGGCCGGAUUUGGCCAAGCGAUACGACAUCAACGACGAUAUUGAGGCCAAUUUCUUUGCCUAUCAUGUGGUUUCCGAUGCUUAUACCCAAAUCCAGAUGGAUAUUUCGGGAAUUGUAAGUUUUUAGAGUAUUAGAAGUUAACAUCGACGUUCAGUGUGGCAAAUAUGACCCCUCGACCGAGGGAUCGGCAGUCCAAAAAUUAGCCAGACUUUAUGCGCGCGCUGAAGAUGACAUUGAAGACCCACACUGGAAGUCGUGGCUUUGGCAGGUCUGCAAUGAAUUCGGCUUUUUCUAUUCGCCGGACGAUGAGAAUUGCCUGGCCAAUGGGAUUUAUGAUAUUAAAAAAGUCUAUGAAGUGUAAGCCCAUUAAAAAAAACCUCAAGCUUUAUUCAUUUUAGCCAAUGCAAGCGCUACUUUGGACCUAAAUUUACCUACGAAUACACGGAGAAGCAGAUCAAAAAGACGCUUGAUUUUUACAAGCUAGACAAGCCUUAUCCCGCUACAAAUGCCAUCAUCACCAACUCCGUCUAUGAUCCUUGGAGCAAGCAAGGAUUAAAGAAGGCGACCAGUGAUACGGUCAAGUUCUUCUGGAUCCGAAAUGGAACCCAUUGCUCUGAUUUAGGUGGCGGAAGCAAUCCGGAUGUAUACGAGUCGAGGAAAGUUGUAAAGCAAGAAAUCAAACGGUGGAUAAGCGAAUCUAUGAGUUAA